UCUCAACAGAAAAAACAAGGUUAUGUUUAAGAGUCAGCGGUAAACUCGUAUGAAUCAUCCAAGUGUCACUCAAGAUCCGCGUGCGCGCGCGUGAUCUUUAUCCUCUCGUUGGACAACGAAUUCGAGGAGGAGAGCGCAAGUGCGAGAACCGCGCGAGGUUGUGGCAAAUUGAAAAGGAACGGGGCGACAGCGUCGCGAAGCGAAGAGUAGACUAAAGUAGACGCAGAGGAAAAAGGGCAGCGUUCUAAGUUGUACGACUGUGUAUGUGAUAAUCGAUCGUUCGCCACGACCGGGACAAGUCGGUCCACCGUGUGGCGUCGCGACGCUCGGCGUGCACGACGCGCUCGCUGCCGCGAGGAACGUCGCCAGGAACCAGUAUGGCCGUAGGAGCCCAGCUGUUUUCACGUCACUGCCUACGUAUCUGAUAGUGAGUGCCACCAGAUUGACUGAAACGAAAUGGCAUGAGGAUAACGAUUUGAGCAGGGGCGAGAGUACAAAGAGAAUUGAAGGGUUCGAAGGUUACGACAGACCAUAGGCAACAUUUCGUGAUAUAAACGAAGUGCAGAGGCUAAGAGAGUUUAGCAAAAAGAAAUUAUCGCCAGCACCGCCGCCGGCUUUAUCCGACGCUAAGUUAAAAAAAAAACAAGAAAAAUGUCGUCGGUUAAGGUGGCGGUGAGGGUACGACCCUUCAACCAUCGCGAAAUCAGUCGUCAGGCACAAUGUAUUAUAGAUAUGACGGGGAGUACCACUUCCAUAGUGAAUCCUAAAGCUACACCUGGAAGCAAAGACGCUGUCAAAAGCUUCAAUUAUGAUUAUUCCUACUUUUCUAUGGACCCAAACGAUGAUAAUUAUUCAUCUCAACUCAUGGUUUACAAGGAUAUUGGAGAAGAAAUGUUGGAGCAUGCUUUUGAAGGCUAUAAUGUUUGCAUUUUUGCAUACGGUCAAACUGGCGCCGGUAAAUCUUAUACCAUGAUGGGUAAGCAGGAAGAUGGACAGGAGGGAAUAAUACCACAGAUUUGCAAGGAUCUGUUUAGGAAAAUCAGCUAUACAUCUAAUGAGCGUUUGAAGUAUUCGGUAGAAGUUAGCUAUAUGGAAAUCUAUUGCGAGAGAGUGCGCGAUUUAUUAAAUCCGAAAAAUAGAGGGAAUCUUCGAGUAAGGGAACAUCCUCUCUACGGACCUUACGUCGAAGAUCUUUCCAAAUUGGCCGUAUUAUCAUACGAAGACAUUCAUGAUCUCAUAGACGAAGGUAACAAGGCCAGGACUGUCGCAGCGACAAACAUGAACGAAACAUCCAGCAGAUCGCACGCUGUUUUCACUAUAUUCUUUACACAACAGCAACAGGACUGCGCCACUGGUUUGAUGACAGAGAAAGUUAGUAAAAUAUCAUUAGUUGAUCUGGCUGGAUCCGAGAGAGCCGAUUCGACUGGCGCGAAAGGCACACGACUAAAGGAAGGGGCUAAUAUUAACAAGAGUCUGACAACUCUCGGAAAGGUUAUCAGUGCCCUGGCAGAGAUUGCAACGAAAAAGAAGAAGAAAGCCGAUUUCAUACCAUACAGAGAUUCAGUUUUAACAUGGUUAUUACGGGAGAACUUGGGCGGAAAUUCGAAAACUGCUAUGAUCGCAGCAAUUAGUCCUGCUGACAUCAAUUACGAUGAAACACUCUCGACCUUACGAUAUGCAGAUAGAGCGAAACAAAUUGUUUGCAAGGCCGUGGUUAAUGAAGAUGCGAAUGCCAGACUUAUCAGAGAACUCAAAGAAGAAAUACAGAAACUUCGGGAACUUCUAAAACAGGAAGGCAUUGAUGUACAAGAAGGGCCAGAUGGCAAAGUUACGUACGAAAAGAAAGAAUCUAGGGAUGAAAUUAUCAGAACGAACAAGCGAAAUGAAGAAGAUACUAAAGAAACUCGGUCAAGGAUCCCCUCCCAUACUACGUCUACUAUCGCUGAAGAAGCGGUUGAUCAAUUACAAGCGUCUGAAAAAUUGAUCGCAGAAUUAAACGAAACAUGGGAAGAGAAAUUGAAACGAACCGAAUCGAUUCGCCUGCAACGCGAAGCGGUAUUCGCCGAGAUGGGAGUCGCUGUGAAAGAGGAUGGCGUCACAGUGGGUGUAUUUUCGCCGAAGAAAACACCGCACUUGGUAAAUCUGAACGAGGAUCCUCUCAUGUCGGAAUGUCUGAUUUAUUAUAUCAAGGACGGAUUCACGCGCAUCGGUAGCGCCGAGGCGAUUAUACCCCAAGAUAUUCAGCUAUGUGGCCCGCACAUACUCAGCGAGCAUUGCGUUUUCGAAAACCACGAGGGCAUCAUAACUCUCAUACCAAAGAAAGGAGCUUUAAUCUAUGUCAAUGGCCGCGAAGUGACCGAACCACUUGUUCUAACGACUGGUUCGCGUGUUAUCCUGGGGAAGAGCCACGUUUUUCGAUUUAAUCAUCCUGAUCAAGUACGCGAACGAAUAGCGAACGGAUCACCAGCGGAAACUCCUGGCAACAAUGAACCAGUCGCAGACUGGGAUUUUGCGCAAGUUGAGCUGUUAGAAAAACAGGGUAUCGAUCUAAAGGCUGAAAUGGAGAAGAGAUUGCUUGUAUUGGAAGAACAAUUUCGUAAAGAAAAAGAGGAAGCUGAUCAGUUGUUUGAGGAGCAACGAAAGAGCUAUGAAGCGCGGAUAGACGCAUUGCAGAGACAGGUGGAGGAACAAAGUAUGACAAUGUCUAUGUACAGCAGUUACACGCCAGAAGAUUUCAAUAACAUUGAAGAAGACAUUUUUGUCAACCCAUUGUUUGACGCAGAGAGCAACUGGACCGAGAGAGAAUUUCAACUGGCCGCUUGGGCCUUCCGCAAAUGGAAAUAUCAUCAAUUUACGAGUUUACGGGACGAUCUUUGGGGCAACGCGAUAUUCCUUAAAGAGGCUAAUGCCAUAUCUGUUGAACUAAAAAAGAAGGUUCAAUUCCAAUUUACUUUACUCACGGACACUCUUUAUUCGCCUCUACCUCUUGAUCUUUUACCCAUUAUGGAUGACGAAGAUGAGGAUGAGAGGCCGUUCCCACGCACGAUCGUUGCUGUUGAAGUCCAGGAUACGAAGAAUGGUGCUACACAUUAUUGGACAUUGGACAAGCUAAGACAGCGCUUGGAGCUGAUGCGACACGUGUACAACGAGGACUCGAGCCCCAGCACUCCGGAGGCCAAAGAGGAUAUUUUCCAAUGCCUUACAGUCUACUCUAAUCCGAAGUUCUCGCUCGCAAAUCUUUUGCCUUCGAGACAACGAUUGGAGCUGAUGCGCGAGAUGUAUCACAACGAAGCCGAGCUUUCGCCCACAUCUCCAGAUUUCAAUAUCGAAUCCAUCACAGGAGGCGAUCCGUUCUAUGAUCGAUUCCCGUGGUUCCGCAUGGUUGGCAGAGCCUUUGUAUAUUUGAGCAAUCUCAUGUAUCCGGUGCCGUUGAUUCAUAAAGUAGCCAUCGUGAACGAGAAGGGUGAUGUUAAGGGUUACUUGCGGGUCGCUGUACAAGCCGUAGUUGAAGAGGAAAACAGCGAAUACUCAAGUGGCGUCAGACAAUCAGCCCGAAUCUCUUUCGAAGAUGACCUGUUUGGUGGGCACAAGCACAAUAAACGCAACACACUUUUGGCUCAAACUCUAGAGAAGAAUAGACAAAUUAUGCUGCACGAAGAGCGCGUAGUCGAAGGACACAAUGAGAUUAAUCAGAAGGAUAUGAAGGACGAGGAUGAUAUAGGGGAUGCUGAUAGUGGCAGAGGUGACAGCUCGGUUUCGAGCGACAUGAAAGAGGAGGAUUUGCCAGAUCAUUUGCAACCUGGUGUAGAAUUCACUUUUAGGGUAACGGUCCUACAAGCUAUGGGUAUUUCUACAGAGUAUGCUGACAUUUUCUGUCAAUUCAACUUCCUACAUCGGCAUGAUGAAGCUUUCUCGACAGAACCAGUAAAGAAUACAGGCAAAGGCAAUCCACCCGGAUUUUAUCAUGUACAAAAUAUUACGGUCACUGUUACGAAAUCCUUCUUAGAGUAUCUAAAGACACAACCUAUUGUUUUUGAAGUGUUUGGUCAUUAUCAGCAACAUCCGUUACACAAGGACGCGAAGCUGGAAUACAGCGUACGACAACCCCCGAAGAGGAUGCUUCCGCCUUCCAUACCGAUCAGUCAACCAGUUCGUUCGCCGAAAUUCGGCAGUGUCCUGCCCUCUCCUAGUACGUCUCAUGUGCAUGCCAAAUACGAUGUGUUGGUGUGGUUCGAGAUCUGCGAAUUGGCGCCGAACGGCGAGUACGUGCCGUCGGUGGUAGACCACAGCGAUGAUCUGCCAUGUCGUGGAUUGUUUCUACUUCAUCAAGGCAUACAACGACGUAUACGAAUCACUAUUGUGCACGAACCGGCUUCCGAAUUGAGAUGGAAGGAUGUGCGCGAGCUUGUGGUUGGCCGUAUCCGAAAUACUCCGGAACCCGAGGAAGAGGAUAACGAUUCAUCUGUACUCUCGUUGGGUCUGUUCCCCGGUGAAUAUCUCGAGAUUCCCGGUGACGAUCGUACCAUGUUCAGAUUUGAAGCAGCCUGGGAUAGCUCUCUGCACAAUUCAGCUCUGCUUAAUCGAGUCACGUCUUACGGAGAACAAAUCUUUAUGACCAUUUCCGCGUAUCUUGAGUUGGAGAACUGUGGAAGACCUGCGAUCAUCACGAAAGAUUUGAGCAUGAUCAUCUACGGAAGGGACGCAAGAGUCGGCCCGCGUUCCCUUAAACACCUGUUUAGCGGCAGCUAUCGCAAUCAAGAAGCGAAUCGACUCAGCGGCGUCUAUGAAUUAGUGUUACGCCGUUCUUCGGAAGCAGGUAGCCCAGGAGUUCAAAGACGUCAACGUCGCGUUUUGGACACGAGUUCUACGUAUGUCAGAGGCGAAGAGAAUCUACACGGAUGGAGACCGCGCGGAGACAGUCUCAUAUUUGAUCAUCAGUGGGAACUCGAGAAGUUGACGAGGCUAGAGGAAGUGGAGAGAGUACGGCAUACAUUGUUGCUGCGGGAGAAACUCGGCAUCGACAAACUACCAUUCUGCAAUAAACCUCUACACGAUUUCACAAAGAGCGAAAAGGACGUAUGUAAUAUGGUGGCAAAGGCCACAAACGAACCACACGCCAGCCCGGUAAAGCUGAAACGCUCGACCAGUAAAGAUGUUUAUGAACCCUGGGAAAUGACCGAGAGAGAGCGCGAAUUGGCGACCAAAUAUAUUAAACUCAUCCAAGGAAGAAUCCCGAGCAAGGAACCGAUAUUACUUGCUGAUGUUUCGCCCGGGGAGGACACCAUAACUGAUCUAUCUGCGUCUAUGAUGUCCUCAGUUAUAUCAUCCUCGUCUCAAGAGUCAGUAUAUGCGAGAGCUAGCGAUUUCUUGAAGCAGGCUGCUGAUAUAAUAGUAUGGAGCAGGUCUAAGUCGUGCCUUCUUAGGUUAAGUUCGCCGGAGAGGGCUAGAUUACAAGAGCUCCAGGAGAGUAUAUUGGCGAGCGAGUCGACCAAUCAAACAUGCACCGUUGCACCGCCACCGCUGGGAUCGUCCUCGCCGUCGAAGGAGAACUUGGUACUGUAUGUACCGGAGGUGGAGGAAAUACGCAUUAGUCCGGUCAUCGCACGAAAGGGCUAUUUGAACGUUCUCGAGCAUAAGACCAACGGUUGGAAGAAACGUUGGGUGGCUGUUCGCCGACCAUAUGUUCUUAUCUUCCGAGAGGAAAAGGAUCCCGUCGAAAGAGCGCUAAUUAAUUUAGCCACAGCUCAAGUUGAGUACUCCGAAGAUCAGCUGGCUAUGGUGAAAGUACCGAAUACGUUCAGCGUCGUUACUAAGCACAGAGGAUACUUGCUGCAGACUUUAGGCGAUAAGGAGGUUUACGACUGGCUGUACGCGAUUAAUCCUCUUCUAGCUGGUCAAAUUAGGUCGAAACUCGCACGUAAAGGCCCGGCUGCAUCGAAUUUGAGCAACGGCGCGCCGAUCGGCCUGACACCGACUCUGGAGCAACCGUGCAAUCAGACCAAGUGAGUGGCCGAUACUAUGGCCGGGGUAACGAGUGCAAUAGCAAAGGCGUCAGAGAGAAUGCUGUGCUGGUCGCAUUCGGUCUUAGAAUCCCAAGACUUGUGUAACUUUCGAUUUCCGCUAGUCGUUGAUUGACCCUUGAGUGGAGGCUAAGCGCUAUUGAGAUUUUGAACCCACGAUCGACAGCACGGUAAUAUCGACGUUUUACUUUACGCAGCGUUCCCUUAGCACGUUUACAGGGCGAAAAAAAAUGGUGCUCGUCUUUCGAAGAAGUUACAAACGCGCGUGCAAAUGCCAUUGUUUGGUACGAUUACUGUAUUACAUCGGAAAAUUCAUUUUCACGUCUCUCCGUACAUUUCGAAUUCAUAUUUGAAAUGCUUUUCACGUCGACGAGACGAGAUCAGAGAUCUGCGCGCGCGGAUAUUUCCGUUGAAAUUUUUAUUUCUACAAUGCGUUGAUAUAAUCUAACAUAAUACCCCUUUAUGUAUGCAAUGUGUAAGAAGGAUAGAAAUGCAUUUAUGCCUAAUAAACGUAUUCUUAAGACGAUCACUGAAAACGAGGUAAAGAAUACACGUUAUAGAUAUAUCUAUAAAAGAAGAAGAAAAAAUAAGUAUGCGAGGAAAAGGCGAGAAAGAGAGAGAGAAAGAAAAUAAUAUAAAGAAAAAAAAGAGAGAAUGAAACAAAGAGAUUCGGGAAGGUAUUGAUAAUUUCAUAUGCGAGCUUGACGAUCGCUUUUAAUACUCUACUCUCUGUAGAGUAUUUACGAUAAAAAAAAAAAACAUUAAUAUGCAAUUUUCUAUGAGAAUUAUAUUCCCGUUCUCUGUUCGUGUUUUCUUUUAUUUAUUCGAUUAAGCAAAUCUAGAUAAUGCUGCUGAAGUUAACUUUGCAAAUGUGAAAAGUUGUACUAUUGUUGUACACGCAAUCGAUUGACCGUUGCUCGAUGAAGAAUUUAUUUUCCGCGAAUUGGAGUUUAAAUAGCUUUAAUCGUGACAUGUAGUAAGAUGGGAUAAUAUUGCUCCAACGCAAUAAGAUUAUGUGACUGCAUUAGAAUGAAAAGAGAUUUGAAUAUCAUCUGAAAUGCAAAAAAGUAAUUAAUAAGCAAGAAUAAGGAGAGAAAGAGAAAGAAAGAGUUGCCAUUUCUUGAAGCAUAAAGUUUGUAGAGUACUUUUUGUUUUAAUGUGGUUUGAAAUGUUUUUUUUCAUUUUUUAAAUCUUUGAUAUAGAGUAAUUUUAUCCUAUCUUAAGAUAUAUUUUAAAACCCCUGGUAUGGCAUAUUCUCUUUUAAUAUACUUGGCAGUUUUAAUUGUAUAAAUUAAAUUAAAGAAUUUUUAAUAUAUAUAUAGAAAUACAAGUAGCAAUGAGAACAAAUGAAGAGUACUUUUUUUCUAAAAAUCUCCAUUUGAAGAAAUGUGAGGGAAAUUGUAAUAUAUUCCGCAGUAAAUGAGAACAUAUUAUUGCAAACUUCUUCGAAACACGAAUGAAUGCGAGAAGAUCGGCAAGCAAGCAAGACGCGUCUCUUGACGUGAUAUAAGAAAUUUUUCAUUCAUAAUGUGAUUGCGUGUUGAUACAAUGCAAGUUACGACAAAACUAUCUUCAAAGUAUUUCGUAUCUCGCAGAGAACAAUAUAUUCGCGAUAUAAAUAGGUAAAAUUACGGUAAUCUGUGGAGAUAUAGACGCUACAUUCUGACGCAUCGUCUUUUCAUGUCUAUUUAGAAUUUAAGCGAUUCUCCUCAAAGCUCGCCACGCGAGCGCGAUGUACACCCUUGAAUCGAUACGUCUCUGCUUGAGACCUAAGCACGAGUUGAUGCUGCACGACGUAAUUGAUAAUUCUAUCUAACGAGAAAUGUUCAAAUUCGGCGCGAGAUGAAAUUUCUCAUUCGUUUAUAAUUUAGAGAAAUGUAAAAAAAAUUGAUUACGUAAGAGAGACAAAAAAUGUCAUUUGUUCAUCCGUUUGAUCGAUUUUUCUCGAAAGGGGCAGAUUUGCUUCCUGCUGGUUUUUCCUUUUCAAAGAAUCUAAAGAUGAGUGAAUAUUCGUCAUAAAAUUUAACGAUCCAAGACGAUUAGUUUUCUUACAAUGAGACGACAUACUCGAUUACGUUGUUCACAGAGACUUGUAUUAAUUCUCUUAUGUAUGACAACUUGGAUAACAGGGGUGCAACGUUAUAUAAAUUCAUGUGUCUAUCGUACACUUCUCACCUGGAAGAACUUUCAACAUCUUUGAUAUUGAUUCAUGAUACGCGCGAAAUGUCUAAGAUCAAAAUGUAUUCAAAGAUAGACAUUCGAUUGUGUGUCGUAUUACGUAUUAGAUACAUAAUAGCACAUUUCAUGACGCGGCUAUUAUAAAAUAUAUUGACGCACUUGAUGCACACUCAACAUGUGCAGAAACCUGAUUUAUUCGACUCCAUCUCCGUACUACCAUCGAGAGUAUGUUCCCUCUCUCUAUAUCAGAAAUCCGUAUAUAUUACAAUCGAAAAUACAUUUUACAAUAAUAUUGAGAGAACUCUCUCGUUAAGCGAGCACAUUUGUGGCAUAUAGGAUUCCGACAAAGUGCUAUUUUGAAAGCGCGACUCAAUACAUAAAUUCAAUUAUUGCCAUACGUCAUUAAUUAAAUGAACAUAUAUUCCUCAAUUAUCAUUUGAAUAUUAUUAUAAUAUAUUGAUAUAAUAUAUUGGUAUAAAGUAUAAAGAAACUUUGUCCGGAUUCUAUUGCAUGUGAAAAAAAAACACGUUUUUUUAAAUGUUGCCCCUCUUAUAAAUCUAUCGAAGUGGUCUAUCGAUUUCGUGUACCUUGAUAUAUCUCUCGAAGAGUAAGAUUUCCUAAUGUUUUGACGGAAGACGAUUAUAAAUCUUAACUCGCUUGAUUCUAGUCUUACGCGCUCAAUUUCGAGGCCGAUUUUUUAUUUUUUCCUCGAUCCUCCUCCCCGAAUCGACAAUUUUCAAAUCGUG